UCCGUUCUGGUUACUUGCUCUGAAAUUAACAUGUCAGACGAUUUCGAAACCUGUUGCCAUGUAUGGGAUGUCGACUGGGAGGCCCCCGAGGAUGAGUCAUUCCCUUGUGCUACGUUUAGCAUCAACAUUCAGGCCAGGUUCACAUCGGCUUCCGUCGAUGACGAAGAAGGAGAAGAAGAAGAAGACCACGAACCCUGUUUUACGGAACCUGAAAGUGUUGUCUUUGAAAUGACAGAGGAGGUGAGGGUCGACCGUUUGAUGAACGAGAACGACAACGUCUCCACCGUGAGGGACAUGCUCGUCUCCAUGGAUGUUCCCGUUCACGAUUUCAUGGUGGAUAAGAUCUUGGCCUGCGCUCAUCGUAUGGCAAUGGCUCAACGGUACAGGACUCGAAAGGUAUUGAGAAUGCUUGUGGAGAUCGAGGCUGUCGUCGAUGAACUCCCGGAUCAUGAUGAUGAUGAUGAUGAAGAAGACGAAUCAGAAGAAUCGGAAACGGCGGCAUUAAUGGUGGAGAAGCUGAGGAAAGUCGUGGUUGACAGGCCAAAUAGUUGUUGCACAAUCUGCCUGGAAGAUUUCUUGGUGGGUUCGGAAGCCACAAGCAUGCCUUGCUCUCAUGUUUUCCAUCAUCACUGCAUUCUGCCAUGGCUAUGCAAGAAAAAGCUUUGCCCAUUGUGUCGUUCUUAGUUAUUUAGUUGAA